AAGUUAAAAUGGUCUACUGGGACACGGGGCAUUCUGGAUUUCUUCCAGUGUUUCCCGUCCUGACGUUAUCUCCAUUGCUUCGUCUUCUUCGCCGAGCUCUCUCUCUCUCUCUCUCUCUGAAGCCAUCUGACCUGGUUCUGAAGCCUCUCUCUCCCUCUCUCUCUCUCUCUCUCUCUCUCUCAUCCUUCGCAAACCCUAGUUUCUUCGAUUUCAACAGCCCGUCCUCAAUCCUCUCCCGAUCUUGUUUCAUCUGUACCAACCCUAAUCUUGAUCGCUUUUGAUCCUGAUUUUUCUCUGUUGUCAUCUUGAUUGGAUUCCUUCACGGAGCCCUAAUUCAUUCGCGUUUCCUCCUAAAUUAGGUCAAGAAAGCUCGAUUCGGAUUUUUUUUUGGGUUAUUGGAGGGUUUCCUUGAAUUUGAAUCGGAGUUCGUGCUUAGUUUUGAUCAAGUUUUGUUUUGUUUUUUUUUUGUUUUUCUUUGAUCGAAACCCUAGGUGUCGUAUUUUUGGGGAUCUUGGGUUCCGUGGUUGUUUGGAAAGCUGAGGAACCCUAACCCUAAUUGUAACCCUAACCUGUAUCUUAUUGUUGUGGCUUUGUGGUUAUUGAGGAGAUAAGAAUGCACGGAGGAAGGAACAGGAAGGAUGAUUUGCCGAAGAUCAAUAACACCAACAUUUUUGCGGCACUUGAGACGCUGAAGAAGAAGAAGAAGUCGGACAAGGAUCAGGGCAAAAGCAAGGCGUCGUCGAAAAGCCUGGUCAAGGAGCCAGAGCCGCCUGUGUUCUGGGCGCCAGCACCGGUGACAAAGAAGUGGGCUGAUGUUGAAGAUGAAGAUGAUGACGAUUACUUUGAGACCACUGCGCCGCCCAGUAACGUAUGGGGCACUUCGGAGCCUCGGCAGACCAAGGAGACUGCUAUUGUGGCGGAGGAGGAAAGUGAAAGUGAAGAUGAGAUUGAUGAAAUUGAUGAUGAUGUGGAGGAUGAACCUGAACAUGAACCUGAAGUUCCUGCCCCUGCUGAGCCAGUAGUGAAGAAACCGGCUCCGUCAAUUGUUCCCAAGGAUGCUGAACGACAACUUUCUAAGAAGGAGCUGAAGAAAAAGGAACUUGCUGAGCUCGAUGCUGUUUUAGCUGAGCUGGGCAUUUCUGGCAAAGAUAAUAAUUCAGAGACUGAUGGAACUAAUGGUGUUGCUGAUAAAAAAACAGAGGAGCAGCUUGGUGAAAAGAAUGAUAACAAUAUACCUGCUCCUUCGGAUAGCAAAACUUCGAAGAAAAAGAAAUCGAAGAAAGAUAAAUCCGCCAAGGAAAUUAGAGAUUUAGAAGAACAACUCAAUGGCAUGGAUGCCAAUACCCCUGGUGAAGGUAGUGGCACUGAACCUACAGAGGGAGAUGCAUCUGGAGCUGAUGUUAAAGACAAAAUAAAGAAGAUGACAUCCGUGAAGAAGAAGAAAACAAAUAAAGAAUUGGAUGCUGCUGCAAAAGCAGCACAGCUAGAGGCUGCUGCUAGGAGUAAAAGACUGGCUGCUGCUAAGAAGAAAGAGAAGAGCCAUUACAAUCAACAACCUGUGCGGUAAGCUGUUAAUCCUUUCAUGACGAGCUUUAUAUAAAUAUAUAUAUAUAUAUAUCCUCGGUAACAUUUGUUAGAACACCAAAUAAACACUUUGGCUGCCCUUAAGAUGAGUUUGUUACAAUGGAUGUUGUUGCUUUAUAUGGAGAAGUUGAAGGCUUGUGCCCCGGAACAUUGUCUGUAGUAAACUUAGUAAAAUCCUAUGAAGAUUUUCUUUAUAUAAUCUUGUUCUAAUUAA